AUGGAGCUUCUCUCGGCUGUCAUACCACUGUUGGCUUCCAGUUUGGUUCAACUGUGGGAGGAACUGCAAACAGUCUACGGCCUUGACGCUGAGCUAAAAAAGCUGCAGAGCUCUGUUGCCAUGAUUCAAGCUGUACUGAAUGAUGCACAGGAGAGGCAACAGAUUAGGAAUGCGGUGAAGCAUUUGCUGAAUGAGCUCAGCCAGGCUGCAUAUGAUGCAAAUGAUAUCUUGGACGAGGUGGCAACCGAACGCCAACGCUGUCAGCUGAUCAAAUAUGCAUCGUUUGCUCUUGACCAAUUAAAGCACAAAUUUCCUGCUUUGAAGAAGUUGGUGAUAGAAGCAUCCCGAAGGUUUGUUGGCCUAUCUGAAUUCCCAGCACUCAAAUCACUAGAAGUGAAGACUACCGAUGACUGGAUUUGGAGUUCCUGGUCUGUUGUUUCCUUGCUUCCCUCCCUGACUCUCAGUGGACUGCAACGGAGAACCUUACCUUUCAAUAUACAAGGUUCCCAUGCUUUGAUCCGUCGAUUGGAAAUUAGUCACUGCAAUCAAUUGUUAUCAUUACCGGAUGAUUGGCUCCCGACCAGCCUGUUGUACUUGGCCAUCAAGCAUUGUCCUGAGCUCCAUACUCUUCCCAAAGGACUGCCAAAACUAAUAAAGUUAGAGGACUUGGAGAUCGAAAACUGCAGGCAUCUCAAGUAUUUACCGGUUGGCCUCAGAAACAUGGCCUCACUUGCACGUCUCGAGAUUUCAGACUGUCCUGGCCUCUUGUGCUUGCCAAAUGAUGGUUUUCCAAGCAAACUUCAAUUUUUGAGCAUCAGUAACUGCCCGGAGCUCUUGCUACAAUGCCUUGGGAUGGGUGAUCAAGGCUGGUUCACUCUUCAGCACAAUCUGCAGGUGUGGAUAGAUGGAGAACUACAGACUUCCUUGGUUCAUCACUACCCUCAAUUCACACAAGCACUAAAUAUAUCAAGUUAACAGCACCACGAUAUCAUGAGGUCAGAGUUGAAAUCUCAAGCAAGUAGAUGGAACUGAUUGUAGCAUGGUCUUAUACUUUGGAAUAAAAAUAAAAAAAAUUCCUGUUUAGUUAUGGAAAUUGUGGAAUGCAGAGUCAAGGUAAGGGUGUUUCGCAAUAAAGUUCCUAGCUUCACAUCGAUGGGGUCUCUUGUUGACAAUCAAAAACAUAUCACCAAAUCAACACCACAAAGGAUACCUUUGCUCAAAUCUUUGGCCUCUGUAGUUUAAUUUUCCAUUGAAGAAUGUUAAUUUCAUGCAGAUCUUUCUGCAGAAUUCUGUCUAAAACCUUAUAUGUGAAAUCUUGGAUUGAAUGGCUUCGCAAUGUUUUCACAUAGAAAUAUUAAUUCUGGAAGUCCUCACUUGUCAUUCCUUGAACCUUCUGCUACUUCUUGCAAGAAACCUGAACUGCAUGUCUUGUUUAUCUCCCACAUAUGCGAGAGAUUUUGGUGGCACUGUAAGAUGUUUUUGCUCAUUUAAUCAACCUUUAAU